AUGACAGACCCUCCAAGACGAAAUUCAUCCAGCAUGGAGCUUCAGAUCCUUUCUACAAUUCCAUCUACUUCAGCUUCAAAUGAUCCUCGUGAAAUUUUUAAUGAUUCUGACUGGUCGAAAUCUACUAUACGCCUUGAACAAGAUACUCUGCAUGCCGGAUCUGCGCCCUUGUCAAACACCAACUCACCGAGACCAAUACUCGAACAUGAACCGGAAAAUGCAGUCUCCCUUCCUCCAAUGGACAGCGGCUUCCACGCUUGGGCAUACCUUGUCAGCGCGUGGUUCGUCGAACUCUUAGUCUGGUCAUUCCCUUUUUCUUAUGGAGUCUUCCUCAACUUCUAUGCUACAGACCCCGAUUUCCAGCACUAUUCCUCCAGUUCACUUGCUCUUGUCGGGUCUCUAUCCAGUGGUGUCCUUUAUCUUACCUCUCCCGUCAUCAUACCUAUCAUCAAUCGGUAUCCCUGGCACAAACGAAACGCCAUGAUUCUCGGAGUCAUACUUUGCGUGUCUGGAUUAGUCGGCGCAGCCUAUGCGAACAAGAUGUGGCAUUUGAUUCUCACUCAGGGUAUAAUAUACUCUGUCGGAGGAAGUCUUCUCUAUUUUCCUAUGACAACAUAUCUGUUCGAGUGGUUUUCCGUAAGAAAGGGCAUGGCAAACGGGGUGAUAUACUCUGGCACAGGCGUAGGGGGUGUGAUAACACCCUUUGUUGUUGAAACCCUCCUCAACAGAUAUGGUCGAAGAACUACAUUGCUAUCAUUGGCUGUUGCUUUCCUUAUCCUAUCAAUACCUUGCUUGCCGUUCAUCAAGCCUCGAGUCCCUGUAGCACAUGUCGUGGAUAUACGAAGUAUUAACACCAAAUUUUUGAGAUUUAGUCCCUUCUGGAUUUUGUUUGCCGCAAACAUCUUCCAGGGAUUGGGAAGUUUCUUACCUUCCUUGUAUCUUCCGACCUUCGCUUCCGAUUUGAACCUCGGAACAACAUCAGGAACUCUUGCGCUUUCUUUCCUAAACGGUGCAUCCGUCCCGGGACUUAUUUUUUUAGGAUGGCUUUCAGACGCUCUUGAUGUUCAAUGGUCUAUUCUAAUCUCUUCCUUGGGCUCCGCUUCCGCUGUCUUCUUCCUUUGGGGUUUUUCCGAGAGUCUGUCCCCCCUUUUAGUUUUUUCCUGUGUUUACGGCUUCCUCGCGCCAAGCUGGAGUGCAUUGUGGCCUCGAUUCGUAGCCACUUCCGAUGGCGAUGACCCUCGUCAAGCCUCAUCUCUUAUGGGUAUCUUUAUAGCCGGGCGAGGUAUUGGGAACGUGUUGGCGGCUCCUAUAGCAUCUGGAUUGCUUCACCCGUGGUAUUUGACAGAAAAAUCUCAUGCUGCAUAUGGGUUUGAAGGAUAUGUAAGGCAAUACGACGCCUCUUACCUUCCAUCCACUCAACCUUUUGAACAGGGCCCCCUCAUUAUCUUCACAGGCGUUACGUUGCUUGUGAGCUCAGUGGGCACAGGCUAUCGCAUAUUGGAUAAAAAGCGAGGGCACCAACGUGAUCGAGCUCGGAUAGAGAUUUGA